UCAUCCGUUCGUUUCUUUCAGACGUUUAAAUAGCCAAUAACCCCGUCAAAUAUACAGUUAGUUGUCGAUAUCGACAUUGGCCAAAAGUUUAUGAUAACACCUAUUUUAUUCGGAUGACAGCAAAGGGAGAAACGCAGGCCCAACACACCAUGCCUGCUGUCUGACGCAUGCUGUCUGACGCCUCCGCACAGCGCUAACGAGCAUAUUAACUGUAUCCAUGACAACAUGAAAACUUUGCAGUUCACAGAGAAGGCAGCACUGCAAGAGUGAGCAAAAUUCUCAUGAAAUAGCACAAUAUUUUACAAUCAACUCAUGAUUGUCCUAUGUUCUACGUGCUAACUUUUCGUUUUAUUAACUUUGUUCCGUUUUUUUUUUUAAACAAAUGUGGCUAGGCUACUAUUGUAUUAUUACCACUAGCCUGUGUAAUAUGCCUCUUCAAAUCAGAGGGAAAAUGUGAAGACCACUGAAGAAAUGGAUUCACUUGAUGCCCAAAGGAAAUACCUGGUGACCUGCUCGGAGUCCCUUAUAUUAAGCCAUGGGCAGGGACCAGGUUUGAACCUGGUGGAGAAAGAGACUGACCUUCAACAGGUUGUUAUGGUCAAUCUGAGCUGCUUACUGCUGAAAAACCUUGAUAAUGUGGGAAGCUGCAGGUCACUAAGUGUAUGCAUCUUGGCAGAAAAUUUUAUAUCCAAGAUAGAUGCUCUCAUCACAUGUGUGCAUAUAGUGAAGUUGGAUCUUAAAGGAAAUCAGAUAACCCAACUCCCCGGCGUAGUGUUCUGGGAAAGCCUGAGACGACUCCAGCUGCUCCAUCUCCAUGACAACAACAUGGGGACUAGAAAGAACAUUGAGGGGUUGUCAGGCUGUCCAAACCUCACAGCAUUGACCCUCUACGACACACCGCUCAGCCUAAAGGGAAACUACAGACACUGCAUCAUCAACAGCAUCUGGUCACUGAAGGCUCUGGAUAACUUUGUGGUCUCUGACGAGGAGAUCAUUGAAAACUGGAUCCUCCCUCUGCAUUUCAAACCCCUCUGUCAUAAUUUUUACUUGAACCUCUAUCCAGCAGCUAAGAUGGGGCCUUAUCAGAGUGAAAUGAGAGCAAUCCAUAAGAUUAUAUCAGAGGUCAAUAGGAUCCAGUCCGUUUAUUCUCCAACGUUGAUCAUCCAACGAUGGAUCAGGGGACAUCUGACCAGAAAAAGGCUUGGACUUGUUCCUGCUGUGCCGAGCCGGGAGAGGUUCAGCAUCAGAGUCCAUCUGUCCCCCAUCCCCUCUGUGGAGACAGACAGUCAACAGACCCAGGGGGAGACAUGGGUCAAAGAGUGCACAGCUAAACAGCACCUGCAGAGGCACGAGGAACAAGAUGCGAAAAUCAAGAGAUUGUAUGUCAAUCUGAAGAAAUUGGUGCAGGCUGGUAGCCCAGAGGUUUUACAAGAGGUGGUGACAAGCCAGGCGUCUUUAGAGGCCAAGAAACAGAAAGACAUCAGUGCUCCGCAUAACACCCCUCAGAACAGUAAGACCAUGUGGUCCAACAGAGCCAAGCACAGUGAGGCGGAAAGAGACUUCACUGCUGCAGAGGAGUUCUAUGAAGAGAAGCUUGGGAAAAUGUGUUUCCGCCUCAUCGGCUUCAAGGCUCUGGUCCACCAGGUCGAGCCUGUCAGCAACAUGCUCAUCUCCCGGCAACAGGGGGGACGGGACAUCCGCAGUGCCAUCCGCCUGUUCCACACACAGCGUCCCGAGCCACCCAAGCUGCCCCACCCUCGACUGCCCCUGAUCAACGCCGAGAAGCGUCUGAUGGGUCGCUGCCUCGGCUCCAUCAGCCUAGCCCCCUUCCAGGUGAUCCAGCGGGCCUACCGGAUGAGGGAGCAGGCCGAGGCCCUGCAGAGGAGGUCCCAGCAGGUGGCCCAUUCCCAGGCUCGGAGGGAGGGCGCCCAGGGCCAGCGCCACGGCCUCCUGGAGGCCCGCAGGGAGGUAGUGCUCCAGGUGAGAGAGAAGGAGCAGGAGGAGGUGGAGGGGGCACUGGCCCUGCUGAGAGCUAGCCGGGACAGGGAGGUGCAGGAGGUCAGGCAGAGACACGCUGUGUUCCUGGAGGAGAAGAGGAGGCGGGCAUCGGAACGGGCCAUGGUUGUCGCCUUCAGCAGGCAGCAUGCCUUUCUGUCCAAGACAGUCAACAGGCAUGCUGUGCUGCAGAGGCAGAGUCACACCCAGCAGGAGAGGAGUGUCAUGGUUGCCAGCAGCAGGCAGCAGUCCAGGAUUCAGAGGGAACUCAUAAUGGGAUGCAUAGAGGACAGGCAACAGUCUCUAAAGGAGGAGGCCAUUACAUCCAGAGUGAACAGAGACACUUAUCUAGCCACGAAGCACACCAACCAACUCCUCCGAGCCCAGGAGAGAGUGGCCAGAGUGAAGGCCAACCAUGCCAAGAUGGAGGUCCUGCAUCCUGUACCAGUCAACCAGACUGCCUGAUCACCACCUCUGGUCCCCCUGUGUCCCUCCACCAUGCUUCUCAAGAGUUAAAUGCUAUGAACUGUUUUUUGGGGGGCUAUUUGUUUAUCUCUAAUUCUGUUUAUGAAACCACAAGGAGUAAGGAUUCCGGGAAGAUGAACAAGAGGUCAAACCAAGGUC